AUGAACUCCUUCCGACGUACCAGCGUGGACUCUCCAGGCCCAACCAAAGCAGAGACUGAGGAGAUUCUAAGCAACCACUUCGAUGAUCGGGAAAGCCAUGAACAUCAUCAUCCCAAAACAUACAACGACGAACACCAGCAUCUUCACGGAAGCUCCCCGGAUGAUCAUCUAUAUCAUGCCUCUCAGACCGCUCAAGCACCACAUCUACACUCUCGCUUCACACACCAAGACCUACGUCUCCUGAGCAAAUCCUCCACAUCUUCCCCUCUACGCGUGAUAGCGCUGAUCGACUUCGAUGCCUUUUACGCCCAAUGCGAGACAGUCCGUCUGGGCAUUCCCCCCGAGAAACCUCUCGCGGUGCAACAAUGGCACGCAAUCAUCGCCCUGAACUACCCCGCGAGAGAGUGUGGUCUCAAACGCGGCAUGUCCGUCGACGAGUGUCGCAGAAUCUGUCCCGAGAUCAUACUACAACACGUGGCGACUCGGAGGGAAGGCGAUGAGCGCUGGUUGUAUCGAGAAGACCGAGAUCGUAUGGGGAGUGAGAAGGCAGCGCUGGAGCCCUAUCGGGAUGAAUCGAGAAAGGCGCUUGCUGUGAUUGCGGAGUGUCUUUCUGCUUUGUCGCCGGAGGUUGUGAUGGAGAAGGCGAGUGUUGAUGAGAUGUAUUUGGAUCUUUCUGCUUACGUGCAUGGCGUACUUGUGGAGAGGUAUCCUGAUUUGACGGCUCUUGAGUCCUUACCAGAAGAUCACCUACCUUUGCCUGACACUGCUCCUCUCGAUUGGAAAGGGGAUAAUGUCAUCGUCGGGGAAGAAGGGCGUGCCCUUGAUUGGGAUGAUGUUGUCAUGCACACUGGCGCUGAGGUCGUCCGUGAGCUGAGACUCACUGUACACCGCGAACUGGGCUACACGGCGUCCGCUGGCAUCGCUUCCAACAAAGUUCUCGCGAAAUUAGGAGCAGGCUGUAAGAAACCGAAUCAACAGACUCUUAUUCGCCCAUCCUCUGUCCCAUCCUUCCUCUCCUCCAUUCCGUACAAGAAAAUCCGCGGGUUAGGAAGACAGCUCGGGGAAGCUGUUGAAGAGGCAUUCCAAGGAACAACCAGCAUCAACKACCUCCUCUCCAUCCCUCUGCACGAAAUCCAAUCAACUCUCGGUCUUGAAGAAGGCGCAUGGGUCUACAACGUCAUCCGCGGCGUAGAAAGCAGCAAAGUAUCCCCCCGUAGCAAACCCCAAAGCAUGUUAUCCCAAAAGACCUUCACGCCGCUCCUUCCAGGCAUAGAGCAGGCUUAUCCCUGGCUUCGCAUGUUUGCAACGGAACUCUUCGAUCGUGUCGUUGCGCUGGACACGCCGGGGAGUCGUCGGAGACCUCGUACGCUGGCCGUCAACCAUCACAUCAACGGUCGCUUUGGUCCUACGCGCAGAAGACAAGCCGGGCUUCCUCUCGCAGGCACUCUCACCGCGGAUAUGAUCUACAAUGUCGCGAGUAGCAAACUGCGGGAGAUGUCGCUUGAAGCCGUCUCUUGGCCUUGUGCGGCGCUGGGUGUGGUGUUGUCGAAUUUCGUGGAACUUGAUUCGGGGAGUCAAUCCAUCACGGCGUUCUUCAAGCCUGGAAGGCAAGUUCCUGAUUAUACCCGCUCGACGCAAUCGUUGGGAAUGGCUACGUUGGCAAGAAGCCCUCGAGUUCUCCCAACAAGCAGCAAAUUUCCCCGACGAGGGAAUGUUAUCGAUAUGUUCGCAAACCAGCGACGAGUAGAAAGGAGUUGGAAAGAGGAAGGGUAUCUGUGUUCACGGUGCAAUGGUUCCAUACCCGAGGAGACGGUUCUGGAACAUUUAGAUUGGCACAUGGCGAAAGAUCUCCAAGCGAAGGGAUGA